AUGUUAAACAUGUGGGUAAACUCAGGUUAUCACAAUGUAUACUACAUGUUUGUGUUUUCUGCUCACGUGUGCCUUUACUGGUGGUACCACAUCGUUGGAUAAUUUGUAUCAAUCGGUUGCUGGUAAUGGAGAUACUUGUGUUUGUAUUAACAAACAUUUAAAAGAGGAGAGUAAUACAGAAUAUCCAGAAAUUAAAGGUGUAGAAGAUAAACCUGUUGAUAUCAAUUUUGAAGCAGGUUUUAAAACAGAACAAAAAGAAGAAAUUCCAUUGGUGGAUAAAACACCAGGGAUUUCGGGUACACCUGAUGUUAAUUUCAAUGUACCACAAGCUCCAAUGAUCAUACCAGCUACAACAGCGUCCUACAAAGAAGUAACACCCAUUGAAACACCAAAAACAGCAGAAAAGGAUGAUGGUGAAAAGGAAAAGAGUACAACCAUACCAACAAUCUGUAGAGACCCAGCUUCUUUGGUAUCUCCCAGAAUGGUUAUACAAAGAAACACACCUCCACUAUCAGUUAUCCAGGGAGAAGAAGGUUAUGAUAUCAACAGAAUGGUUAAUUACCCUGAAGAAUCUACUUUUAUUAAUACCAAACCAACAGCAAGAGUUAUCAGAUAUCCUAACUCAGUAACACCUGGUAUAUCCACAUACCAUGAAAACAAUAACAUUUUUGAGCAUGAUUCCUACCCACAAGUCCCCACGAAAAUUAUAAAAUCAGAAGGUGUGUUAGAAGCUUCUAGACAGGUAAAUAUACCUGAGAACCAGAUAGAUAUUCAAGGUAUACCCAUGAUGGGUGCUAGAAGUGUCCAUUAUUCCAAAACAGGAUCAUCAAUACCAUCAAUAGUUUCAGCCUCAACUUAUUCCGCACCUAGGAGUGUUAGUUACACUAAAUAUUCAUCAGGUUCAAUUUCACCUGGUGAGAUAGGAGUAGGAGGAGGAGGUAGGGUUGGUUUUAAUGAUGGUGGUAGGCUAAAAUAUUCCAGAACAGUUUCUGCUAUUGGAGGUGGUACAGGAGGUGCAGGAGGUCAAAUAAGUGGUGGAUAUACAAGUGGAUUAAUUGGAGGUUAUCCAAUAGGAGAUGGUACCCUCUCUGAUGACUACAGAGUAGUAACAGACAAUGCAGAUACAUCCAGGAAUUUCGGAAGCUACGGAGGUCGUUAUGUAGGUUAUAACAUCCCAGGUCGUGGUUCCCGAAGCUUAGGAUACUACGGAGGUUAUAAAUACUAACCUACCAUCAAUAUAUACCCCCUAAACCUAAAUAUAAAUAAAUCAUGCAUCAGAAA